GCUGCUGCUGAGUGGUGGUGGUGUUGGUGGUGUUGGUGUUGGUGUGAAUGGAGGAGGGCCACAGAUGGUCGGAGUGCAAAGAAGAGGGCAACACAAUGUGAAUGUGCAGGGGACGUACACAAACCCGGUCAUCGACAGCAACCACCCUGGUCCGGGGGUGUUGAUCCAAGAUGGCGUCGUGUACGCCGUCACCACCAGCGGCGACGCACCAGACGCCUUUCCCAUCAUGACAUCCACCGACAUGGUCAACUGGAAGUUGUCUGGACACGUGUUUCCUGCAAACGCCGCUGGCAGGCCCACGUGGGCCCUAUGUGAUUGGAAGCGCGAGGGCAACGGCGCAAUACCGCCCGUACCCACACCCAUCUUUGUUCAGCGCGUCAUCAACAACGGCACCACCCUGGCAGCAGAGCCCCACGUGGCCAUCACCAAUGACCAGCCGUGGGAAGGACCUCUGGUCGAAGGGCCAUGGAUCGUGAAGCAAGGAGGGAUGUACUACAUGUUCUUCUCGGCCAACGGGUUCACGAGUCCAAAGUACGCAAUUGGCGUUGCACGCUCCCCAAACAUCACCGGCCCUUACGAGAAGUAUGCCUCCAAUCCUAUUCUUCACCGUGAUGCAGAUGCCUCCAACCCAGCCGGGUUCACGGGCCCGGGACACUGCUCUGUCGUCCAGACACCACACGCAAAGCAAUGGUAUGUCGUGUAUCAUGCGUGGCACAACGGCAGGAUUGGCGGAUCGAAUCCACGCAUCAUGGCCGUGGACGAGCUGGCGUUUGAUCAGGGCGACCACUGGCCCCACCUGACGCACAACCGCACCACCCCAUCCUUCACCCCACAGCCUUUGCCUCAGAUGUAGCCCAUGCGCGUGAUUUUGUGGUUGUAGUAGAUUAGAUGGAAACCUGGAAACAGCACGCGACCGAGGGUUGCGGCUGGUUGUGUUCGUUUCAGUUGCGUUCUUUUGUCCCUCUGGUCAGCAAGAAGUACAAAAACAGAAC